AUGGCGACUCAUCGCUUCUCCCCGAUCACGCCCGACGACCACGCUGGGUCGGUAUGGAUUGCAACACUGUUAUGUCUCAUCUAUUCGGUCGUCACAUUGGCGUUGAGAGGGCAUCUGAGAUGGAAGAUGUUUGGACUGGACGAUUAUCUGGCCCUGGCUGCAACCGCAAUUCAGGUCGGAGAAGUGAUCUCAGUGAUAGUUGGAUUGGAUCAUGGAUUGGGAAAGACACAAGAGCUUCUACGGGGGGAUGAGCUUUCAAAAGCCAGCCGAGCAACAUUUGCUGCCCAGGUUCUGUUCAUCAUAUCCGCCACUAUAGCAAAGGCCUCCACACUAUGUUUGAUGAUGAGGCUGUUCAACUUGGUCGGCCCACGGACAGCCAAAGAUUUGCGGUCAAAAGUGCUAUACUGGACCAGUCUUUCUGUCUUGUGCGGGAUGGGCCUCUGGGGAAUCUUGUCCAUUGUCGCCGUGUCGGUCAAUUGCUCCAUUCCAGGAUUCAUCCAAGGAGACGGCGCACAAUGCGCAGAUCAGUUCCUUCGCUGGCAGUUGAUCACCGCGUUUGACGUGGCUACAGAAUGCAUUUUGGUGCUGAUCACGGUCUUCGUGGUUUGGCCUGUACACCUGGCUUUGUCGAUGAAAUGCCAGGUUGUGGGCGCCUUUGCGUUUCGUUUACCUGUGGCGAUGCUUUCCAUCCUCCACCUCCACUACGUGGCCGACUAUACCAACUCAAACAACCCAGGCAUCGCGAUUGUGCCCGUGAUCGUCAUCCAAGAGGUGCAGCUGUGCUGGUCGCUCAUCGCAGCCACGAUCCCCAACCUCAAGUCGUUCGUCCGGAGCUUCAGCAGUGGCUUUGGUAUCCAGCUCGACCCAUCCGUCACGCAGGCGUACGGGUCGGGUCGGGGCUCUGGGCGCGGUUCUGGACGCGGUUCUGGUGCCGGGUCUGGACGGCUGGGGCGGAUCGUGAAUGCUUUCGAGCUUGGCUCCAUCACGGGCAACAAUAGCGCAGCCAAGUCCAAGGCGCGCCGGUCCUACCACGACGCCGAGCAAUACCCGCCCGUACCCGAAGCCGACGCCGGUGUCAACAAGGUCACCAUGAUGCGAGAGCACGAUUCGAUCGACAGCGGGGGCAGCCGAGAUCACAUCAUCCGUAAAGACGUGCAAUGGAACGUCCAAUACGAAAUGGACCAGGGGAGAGCCUGA